GAAAUCAAUAAAUAUUUGAAAAUUUUUUAUAAAAAUAAAAACUAAACAAAAUAAAAUGUUAUAAAAUCCAAAGGUCUCGCCUCCUAAGAUUGCCGCUUCUCACUUUUAAAUGCUUCCCGCCUCUCUUCCCCUGCAACGCUUGCCCAGGCUUUGUUCUUCCCUUCCACGCCUCCCAAUCCCUUCUGAUUCCCAAUAUUACGCCAACCUCCUCAUCUCAUAUUCAAAACAAUCCGCCCGCCACCCGUUCGACGAAAGUCCUCAAAGAGUCCAAGCCCUCGGAACCUGCAAAACUAUCCAUGGCCGCAUUCUCAUACUCGGCCUCGAUCUCUCUGACAAGCUCGGCAAUGCCCUCAUCGAUCUCUACUCCAAGUCCGGAGAACCAAGUUCUGCCCAAAAGGCAUUUAACCUCAUGGAGAAACCAGAUCAAAUAUCCUGGAAUUCCAUUCUCUCUGCCUAUUUACGGACAGGUUCUACUUCCUCGGUUCUCAUCUCCUUCACCUCCAUGCUGCGAUCUGGUUUCUCUCCAGAUCAAUUCAGCUUCGCAACAGCGCUUUCCGCUUGUGCCAGAUUAGGCGCAGUAAUGGAAGGGAAGAAACUCCAUUGCUACAUAAUCAAACUGGGUUUGAGUUGUAAUCGUUACUGUGAGGGGUCUCUAGUUGACAUGUAUGCAAAGAGUGGUCAGGUUUUGGAUGCCUGUCAAGUGUUCGAAGAAAUUUCGGACCCGGAUAUUAUAGCGUGGACAAACAUUAUAGCAGGUUAUGAUCAGGCUGGAAUGGCUGAAGAAUCGUUGCGGUUGUUUUCGAUGAUGUGUGAUUCAGGAAUUGUGCCUGAUCGAGUCAUGAUGGUGGCAGCAAUGAGUGCCUGUUUUAGUCUAGGAAGGCUGGAAGAUGCCAGGAGCUUAUUCAAACAGAUUCAGUCUCCCAAUAAUGUGGCUUGGAAUGCGGCAAUUUCAGGGCACGCUCAGAAUGGUCACGAGGCUGAAUCACUGGAGUUUUUUCGGGAUAUGAGGAGAAGUGACGUGAGGCCGACUCGAUCAACAAUGGCGAGUAUUCUAAGUGCUGCCGCAAAUUUACAAGCUAUUGAUGACGGUUGUCAAGUACAUGCAGAGUCAAUUAAGCUUGGUUUAGAUUCAAAUGUCUUUGUGGGUAGCUCUUUGAUUAAUUUCUAUAUCAAAUGUGGGUUCAUGGAAGAUGCAAGAAGAGUGUUUAGUUCACCAUGGGAAAAGAAUGUUGUUAUAUGGAAUGCAAUGCUUGGAGGUCUAUUAAUGCAUGGGCUAGCAGAAGAAGUGAUUGAUCUGUUUCUAGAGAUGUUGGAUCCUGAUGAAGUAAGUUUUGUUAGUGUAGUUGGAGCUUGUGCUUGUAUGGAGAGUGUAGAUUUAGGCAGGCAAUUUCAUUCUUUAGCAAUAAAGAGGAAUAUGGAAGGUGUUAUGUUUCUACAAAAUGCAUUUAUUGAUAUGUAUUCUAAGUGUGGGGAGUUAUCUGAUGCAAAGAGACAGCUUGAUUUGGUUCCUGUUAGGGACAUUGUGUCUUGGAAUUCGAUUAUAGUCGGACAUGUUCAUUGUAAUCUAGAGGAGGAAGCUAUAUAUAUGUUCAGAAGGAUGAGAUUGGAGAGUGUGGUACCUGAUCAAGUUUCGUGUUCGAGUAUAAUCAGUGCUUGCUCGGAUUCAGGAGCCAUUGAUGAAGGGAAGCAGAUGCAUUGCUUGUCGAUCAAAGUGAAUCUUAGCUCGAAUGUUUAUGUGGGAAGCUCCCUUAUUGAUUUCUAUGGAAAGCUUGGAGAAAUAGAGGAUGCAGACUUGGUGUUUUUGCAGUUGACAGAAAAGACUUUACCUGCAAGAAAUGCUCUUAUCAAUGGUUAUGUCCAGAACAAUAAGGAGGAACAAGCCCUGAUCAUGUUCCAGGAAAUGCAGAUAGAAGGCAUAAAUCCUUCUACUAUUACCUUUGGUAGCAUUUUACCUGUUUGUGGUGCUCCCUCCAGAGUAACAAUGGGAAAGCUAAUGCAUUGCUACAUGUUAAAAUCAGGCCUUGUCUGUUGUGAUGACUUUCUAAAAGCCAACCUAUUGGUAAUGUAUUUGAGAUCUAAACUCCAUGAGGAUGCAAGUAAGCUUUUCUUGGAGAUUCCAGUAAGCAAGAGCUUGGUGAUAUGGACGGUUGUUAUUUCAGGGUAUAGUCAGAAUGGAUUCAGUGAUGAAGCUCUACUGUUAUUUCAGGAAAUGAGAAUGUAUGAUUUGGGUUUUGACGAAGCCAUUUUAGCAAGUGCUUUAGGAGCAUGCGCUGACUUAGCUGCUCUUGGAGAUGGUAGAAAAGUUCAUAGCAUAGUAAUUUGCACUGCCUUCCAUUUUUACAAGCAUACAACUAUAGCACUAAUAGACAUGUAUUCUAAAUGUGGGGAUGUAGAAUCUUCCCAGUACUUAUUUGAAGAAGCCAAGCACAAGGAAGAUGUCAUAUUGUGGAAUUCAUUGAUCGUCGGACUUGCGAAGAAUGGUUGUGCAAUCGAAGCACUGGAGAUUUUCUAUCAGUUGCAGCAAUCAAGAAUAAAUCCUGAUGAUAUUUCGUUCCUCGGCGUUCUCACAGCUUGUAGCCACGCAGGAUUGAUCGAAGAAGGUCGCAGCUUUUUCGAGUCUAUGACAAGUAAUCAUGGGAUAAUACCACGAGCACAUCAUUAUGCUUGCAUGAUUGAUCUUCUUGGUCGAGGAGGGCAUCUUAAAGAGGCCGAGGAAUUGAUCAACAAGCUUCCAUUGGAACCAAAUGGUUUGAUUUGGGCAACAAUGCUUGCAGCUUCCAGAAUGCAUGAGGAUUCUGAAAGAGGAGAAAAUGCAGCUGACAAACUUACCAAAUUAGAGCCUUAUAACUCUUCUCCAUAUGUCCUGCUUUCUAGUAUUUACGGCGCUUCGGGUAACUGGGAUGGAGUCAAGAGGCUGCGACAUGCCAUGAAAUUAAGGGGAGUUCAGAAGGUACCUGGGUGCAGUUGGAUUGAGGUGAGGAACAAGACAAGUUUAUUUAUUGCUGGAGAUAAGUUUCAUCCCAAUGCUAAUGAGAUAUGUCAAGUAUUGAAUGAUCUCACUGCUCUGAUGAAAGAUCUUGAGUGUGUUUCUGAUAUCAUUUCGCUUUUGCUGGAUGAAGAUGAAGUCCUUGCGCUAGCCCUGUAGAAGCUCUAAAAAAAUCGAUUAGUUCAUCCACCUUUGUAUCUGUUGGAUCUGUAAUGUUCUUGCAGCAGGGCAAAGAGUUAACUUUAGUGAUGUUAGAAACGUACAUUGAAUCAUUGAAUACAUAUUUCCACAUUUUGACA